AUAACUAUCGCUCCCCUCCCCUCCCCUGCCCCUCCCCUCAGCUCCCUAUCUCAAGUAACACCAGCAGAGGACCAACAGGGAAAAACCUUAUGGCAGAUGCUAUGCCUAGAUCAUCCAAUCCUCCAAUAAACCCGACCUCGGCCUUUGCGGUUUGUGAAAAACCUCGAUGGCCUUCGUCGUGCGAGAUCGGGCACGGACCGAACAGCCAUCCGUCUGUACCAACGAACAGUAGCCUUGUCGUUAAGGCGGCCAAUCCACGGUAUUUUUCUGCACUAUUUUUUCCUUGUUAUGUUAGUUUUUUUUUGCGGGGGUUGUUAUGUUAGUUUUAACUCCUAUUCUUCCGUAAAAAAAUAUAAGAACGUUUAGAUCAUUACUUUAGUAAUUUAAACGUUCUUAUAUUUGUUUACAGAAGGAGUAAUUGCUAUAAUUGUUUUUUUUAAAUUUAACACAAGGGAAGCUCUAAGAACAAGGGAUGCUGCUUGGUCCACCACAUCCGUCCUUCCACCACGCAAAUACCGAAAGAAAACCGAGAUCGCGGACCCAAUAACAGGCCCAGCUACGGGAUCCAAACAAUCAUCAGUACUCCGAAUUUCACACCCUCAAAAGAAAAGAAAAACAGAUCGCGGACCCAAUAACAGGCCCAGCUACGGGCUCCAAACAAUCCAUCGGUACUCCGAAUUUCACACACUCAACUCCCUGGCCCAACUACGACAGCCCAUUCAUCAUUAUUUAUAUAAGCCGGUCAUCCCCAUUCCCUGCGCGUAACCUAACAUCUACUCGAGUGGAGCGGAAGCAGAGGCGGCGGCACGAUGCCGAUGCCGAUGCGAGGGCUCAGCUCCGUCCUGGCGCGGAGGGCCCGCUCACUGACCGGCGAUCCGGCGACCAUUCCUAGAUCCGCCGGUGGUCGGAUCACCUUAAGCGGCCGCCUGGACUCGGCAGCUGCGAGCACGAAGGCCUGUGAUGGUGGUGAAAUCGCCCGAUCCUGGAUCCCCAAGACAUCUACGAGCAAGUCCCUCGUCACAUCAGCCCUCUCUGGAUCUACCUGCAAGUCUAUCGUCACAUCAGCCCUCUCUGGAUAUACGUGCAAGUCCCUCGUCACAUCACCAGUGGCAUGUACUGUAGGAGACCCUGGGCUCUCCUCGAUCACCAAGGCUGUCUCAUCAAGCCAUGUCCCUCCAUUUGGGUUGAGGCCUGUUCACUCCAUACCGUGCCACCGUGUUCUCUAUCAGAGGCUUCUCUACACAGCAGGUGGGUGGUCCUCCUAAAAGAGGUGGCUCUCUCAUGCGCUUCCUAGGUGGUUUUAUAUGUCUGUGUGGAUCGUUGUUCGUUUUGUCUCUCAGUUCCCAACCUGAUUUGACACCCAUAGAGGAAGAUGGAAUAACACCUAUAGAGCAAGGAAUAAACUGGGUAAAACUAGGCUGCACACCUCCUGUGUCACCUCGCCAUAUCAACACUGGUUGUGGCUGUUGUUUUGCCAUUGUUGCCGUGCAAAAUCUGGAGUCUGUUGUGCUAAUUGAAACAGGGAAGUACUCACGAUUGUCAGUUCAGGAGGUCAUAGAUUGCCUUGGUAAGUGCAAAAAAGGCUUACUGUAUGGAUGUAAGGGGGGUUUUAUGUCUGAGGCAUUUACCUACAUGAUGAUGAAUGGAUUGGCUUCAGACAUUGACUAUCCGAUAAACUUAAUUCGGCGCCAAGGCCCCUGUCAGGCUGCUGACAAACCAAGAGCAAUUCAGCCUGCUGACAAACCCAAACCUGGAGCAAUUCAGGUCAUUGAGUGGGACCAGUUCCUGGGUCAUGAUGACUAUGUCAAACGGCUUCGCACUGACCCUCCAGUACCUGUUGAAGAUCAAUUUAAGAUUGCUUUGUUCACCUCACCUCUUUCUGUUCGGUUCAACGUCAACAAGUACUUUGUAAGAUAUGAUGGUAAAACCAUUAUCGAGCAUCAUCAGUGUCCGCCUCCUCGGAAGGGUAAAGGCCACAACCAUGCUCUAUUGCUGGUUGGUUUCGGAACUGACAGUCGUGGGAACAAGUUCUGGCUGGUACAAAAUACUUGGGGAGCAGGCUGGGGGAGAAAUGGCUAUGCUCUUCUUCGACGUGGUGGGGAUCCUCGAGGUGUAGGUGGAAUUACAGCUGGGUUUGCAUGUCGACCAGUCAUCAAGAAGUCUCCUUGAGAUAUGCUUGUUGUUUAAAUUUUGUAGCCAGUUUAUGGAAAUGAAUUAACUGAGCUUUGUAGGAUGAAUUAAUUAACACUAUUAUCGUGUAAGAGUCUCGUUCUAAAACCUAUGGAUCUGUGGAGGAUUUUAGGAGUAUAGCCAUUGGUAUGUUAUACGGAACUCUUUCAUAUUAACCUUGAUAUCUCCUGGUGUUUGGGGAGAGGUAACUUA